AUGCGUCGAACAGCGAUUGUCACCGGAUCUGCAAACGGGAUUGGGAAAGCCAUAGCAACCCGCCUAGUCCGAGAUGGCUACUCCGUCUGCAUCAACGACAUCCCCAGCAAAGCGGCAGACAUCGACGCCGUCGUCGCUGAACUCAACGCCACACAUUCAUCCGAUGGCCGCCCAAAAGCAAUCAGCAUCCCAGCUGAUGUGACCUCCGGCACAUCCGUAGAAGCCAUGGUCCGCGACACAGUCGACAAACUCGGUCCCCUGACGUUGAUGGUCGCCAACGCCGGCAUCGCCCAGACAAAGCCCCUAUUCUCUGCCACCGGGGAGGACGUUGAUAAGGUAUUCUCGGUUAAUGUCAAGGGCGUGUUCAACUGUUACACCCACGCUGCGCAGCAGAUGAUCGCACAGGGUGAUCCGGGGACCGCUGCUGGGGUGCGUGUGUACAAGAUACUCGGGGCGGCGUCCAUUGGCGGGUUUAGAGCUUCAGCUCCCCUGGGGGUGUAUUGUGCUAGUAAAUUUGCGGUCAGGGGGUUAACGCAGGCCUUUGCGCAGGAAUGUGCGCCGCAUAAAAUCACAGUUAAUGCGUAUGCGCCGGGGCUAAUCGAUACGUCGAUGACCGACGGGAUCGAUGAAAACUUGACUGGUAUGAGUGGACAGAAGAAAGGGGACAUGAAGCGCAAUUAUUCGGAGCAGGUGAUUCCGCUGAGACGUACUGGGACACCGGAGGAUGUGGCUGGAGUGGUUGGGGGGUAUUUGGCCAAUCCGGAUUCGGAUUAUACGACGGGGCAGACUAGCGUGGUGGACGGGGGAGUGUUUUUUACAUAG